GUACUCAGCUUCCUCAUUAAUCAACACCGGAAUGAAUAUUCCUCCUAUUAAAACACCAGCUUGUUGUAAUGGCUAAGAUUGAGAUGAAAAGAAGAAGUGUAGAAAUUCAAGAAAAGGAAAGAAAUGGAAGCUCCAAGGAAUUUAACAUGGCAGUUCCUAAAUUUUUGGUGCAACUACCUCACAAGCUUCAAAAUUCUCUCAAGUCACAGCUCAAGAGAUUUGCAAAAGAUGAUGGACAUUUUUCCCUGAACUAUGACCGUAAAAGGGGAAAAAGGACACUUACUUUUUCUGAUGUUGAUCUGAAGAAGCAAUUGCAAGCAUGGAGAGAAAAUCCUUCGUGGGCUGAUCAACAUUCAGAAAUAAAGGUCAGUGUACCAAAAGGUUCUCUUUGCAACCUCAAAGUGAAUGUCAAUGUUGGGUUGCCUCCUGAUGCAGUGUUCAAUAUCGUGAUUGACCCUGAUAAUAAGAAAGUUUUCAAAAAUAUUAAGGAAGUGAUAUCCAGAAAAGUUUUGGUCGAUGAAGGUCAUAGGCAGGUGGUUGAGUUAGAGCAAGCAGCUUUGUGGAAAUUCCUUUGGUGGUCAGGAACCAUAGCCGUUCAUGUUUUAGUUGAUCAAAAUAGAGAAGAUCACUCAAUGAAAUUCAAGCAAGUGAAAACGGGGUUUAUGAAAAAAUUUGAAGGUUGCUGGAGAGUGGAACCUUUGUUUGUUGAUGAGAAGUUAUGCUUUCCCUUGAAGCCUAAGUCGUGGUCAGAGUAUUGCUCAUGCACUGGAGGCAAAGGAAGGCUUGGAUCAAAGGUGAGCUUGGAGCAGCUGAUUCAACCGGCAAUCGUUCCGCCUCCGCCCAUUUCGUGGUAUCUGAGAGGUAUUACCACCAGAACCACAGAGAUGCUGAUAAAUGAUCUGCGUGCUGAAGCUGCGAGAAUCAGGGGUGAUUUAGGCCCUGAAAAGUCUAACAAAGAGUUUGAAUUGUCUGAAGAUUUACUCUCUGAAAUUGAUAAUGUUUCUGAUAUUAAAAAAAGAUGGGCUCUCCGUAGGAGCAAUGCAAAGCAAUGUCACAGGAGGCUACUGAGUGCCAAUUGAUUUGUUCUUUAGGUUCUUAAGCAGAUAUGCCAACGUUUGAAAGAUUACGGAAAUUAAUUUUCUUCUUUUUAGUUUCCUCUUGUUUUAUUGACAUCUCAAGAUGCUACAAGUGAUUAUCCAAAUUUACUGAAAAAUUCUUGUUUUUAUGUUUUUGAAGAGUCUGUCUUUCAAC